ACUAGCUGGCUGCCCUUCAUCUGUCUGCUCUAGGCGGAGCUGAAGUUACCGAGAGCGGCUGUGGGAGCUCGACACGAUCCGCGGGGCGAUAAACAUCCACACCUGGAGAAAUGCGCUAAUUUACCCCAUCCGUACCUGACCAGCGUACAGUUUACCGACCAUCAUCGACCGAUACUUUCACUGCGCGGGUUAUUACAGGCCUCUCUGUCUCUGGAUCAGACUCAAUGUCUCUCCUGUACGGCCGCUUGAUCCGACCGAUGGGCUCGACGCCUGCAGUACCUCUACUUCUUUUCAAAGACAUUGCUUCAGUCUUCACAGAGGAAUAAGAAUGAGAUAAAUCCGUAAAUGUUGGACAUGUCGUUAGCUCACGAAGCUAAACAUCGACAGAAGCAGACUGACAUGAACAGAACUGACCCAUAUUGAGAUACUGCACGGUCAUCGAGACCAGAACUAACUAGAUCUUAACUCAGUCUGCUUUUAAAAAUACCGACAAAAACUUGGUGUUUGGCAUGUUUAGAUAUCGUAAUAUCUGAAGAAGAUAGAGAAACGCUGAAGAAAUGCGAGGUAGUAGAUCUUAUACAGUACUGCACGAAGUAUAAUCGCUCAAACUCUGAUCCAACAUGGAAAGAAAUGCGUAUAUAAUCUAUUAAUCAAUGCAUAUACAAUCAAAAGGCAUCUAAAAGUCAUGCAUUGCCUCCAAACAUUCAUUUGCGGACUAUUCCCUCCGAGCACAUGAGCUUGGACUUCAUUUAAAAGGGGAGGCUAAAAGGCAAAUCUGCUGGAACUUUUUUGGAGCUCAAUUUUGGAGGUGAACCCGUCCAGAAGCAUAAGAACCAUCAUCAGGAUGAGAGUGCUGGUCCUGAACCGAGCAUCAGUGCUCUCACUGGGGCUGUGCUUAAUGCUUCUGCUAGGUGCUGUGGCUGCUGCACAGAGUGAGGAGAGAGAGAGGGAGUGUGCGUUUAAUGACCAGCACCAGCAAGUGGAUGAACAGAGUGUGGCUGGUGACUGGCACAUCACCAGAGAAAACAACACCAUCCUGUGCAGCAAGAGCAGCCGCUGCUAUGGCCUGUGGGAGAAAACACAUGAUGGAGAGAUCCGCCUCGUCAAACAAGGCUGUUGGACUUACAUUGGAGACCAGCAGGACUGCCAUGACGACCGUUGCGUGGUUACCACCACACCAUCGCAGAUCCAGAAUGGCACCUACCGAUUCUGCUGCUGCAGCACCAACAUGUGCAAUGUCAACUUCACGGAGAACUGGGUGCCCAGUCCCACCAGCACCACCACCCAAGACCAGCAGCCUCUACAUAGAGAUGAGGCCAUCUUCAUCGCCCUGGCGUCUGUCUCUAUAGUAGCGGUCUUGAUUGUGGCACUGUUCUUCGGUUAUCGCAUGAUGAUGGGUGAGUGUAAACAGGGCCUGCAUAAUAUGGAUAUGAUAGAAGCAGCACCGUCAGAACCAUCUCUGGAUUUAGACAGUUUAAAGCUCCUGGAGCUGAUUGGUCGAGGGCGCUACGGUUCUGUCUACAAGGGCUCACUUGACGAACGUCCCGUUGCAGUAAAAGUUUUUACCUAUGCCAACCGACAAAACUUUGUAAAUGAGCGCUCCAUCUACCGAAUCCCUCUUCUGGAGCAUGAAAACAUUGCUCGCUUUAUUGUUGGCGAUGAGCGUCUCACAGCAGAUGGGCGGAUGGAAUACCUGCUGGUCAUGGAGUACUACCCUCAUGGGUCUCUGUGUCGGUACCUGAGUCUGCACACAUUGGACUGGGUGAGCUGCUGUCGUCUGUCACAUUCAAUCACGAGAGGACUGGCCUAUCUGCACACUGAGCUCCUGAGAGGGGAUUUAUAUAAACCUGCCGUUUCACACCGGGAUCUAAACAGCCGUAAUGUUCUUGUGAAGAACGAUGGCACGUGUGUGAUCAGUGACUUCGGUCUAUCCAUGAAGCUGACGGGAAAUCGUCUCGUUCGGCCUGGUGAAGAGGAGAAUGCCGCCAUCAGUGAGGUGGGCACUAUCCGCUACAUGGCCCCGGAAGUGCUGGAAGGAGCGGUGAACCUCAGGGACUGUGAGUCGGCUUUGAAGCAGGUGGACAUGUACGCAAUCGGCCUCAUCUACUGGGAGACCUUUAUGCGCUGCACUGACCUUUUUCCAGGGGAGACCAUGCCAGAAUACCAGAUGGCCUUCCAGGCCGAGGCGGGGAACCACCCCUCCUUUGAGGACAUGCAGGUACUGGUGUCCAGAGAGAAACAGAGGCCCAAGUUCCCAGAGGCCUGGAAGGAGAACAGCCUGGCUGUGCGCUCUCUUAAGGAGACUAUGGAGGAUUGCUGGGAUCAGGACGCAGAGGCUCGUCUGACAGCACAGUGUGCAGAGGAGCGUAUGGCAGAACUUCUGUUGAUCUGGGAACGGAACAAACCCGUCAGCCCCACCAUCAACCCCAUGAGCACAGCACUGCAGAACGAGAGGAACCUCACCCAUAGUCGCAGGGCUCCCAAAAUGGGCUCUUAUCCGGAUUACUCUUCAUCCUCUUACAUCGAGGAUCAUGAGGGCAUGGUAAAGAACCUCCCAGGUGAUGGCUCCACCUCUGGCACCUCCUCUGGGGGUGGCAUAGGCAUGAGUGGCAUCAGCAGUGGGGUGGCAGUUCUGGGAGAGAAGAACCGAAACUCUAUAAACUAUGAGAGGCAGCAGGCUCAGGCCCAAGCUCGGCUACCCAGCCCAGAGACCAGUGGUGCAAGUCUGUCCACUACGACCACUACAACUGGCCUGACUCCUAGCACCAUCAUGACCACCAUCUCUGAAUCAGGCCACUCGGAAGAGGCAGGAGCUGGUGGGAGUGUACCUGUGUGUCUUCAGCUUACAGAAGAAGACCUGGAGACCACCAAACUGGACCCCAAGGAGGUGGACAAGAAUCUGAAAGAAAGCUCUGAUGAGAACCUGAUGGAGCAUUCGCAAAAGCAAUUCAGUGCUCCAGACCCACUCAGCUCGGGUAGUUCCAGCCUCCUCUACCCCUUGAUCAAACUCGCCGCAGAAGUUACUGGAGGAUCGGGGGGCGGUGGUCAGGCCGAUUUCGGGGUGAGCAGCAGUGGAAUGGGCGAUGCCCCUACAGCCAUGUUCCCGCUCCCCAAACAGCAGAAUCUCCCCAAACGGCCCACCAGCCUACCGCUCAACACCAAAAACCCUGCCAGGGAGUCCUCAUCAUCACGGUUGAAGUUCGGCAAGCACAAGUCCAACCUGAAGCAGGUGGAGACGGGCAUAGCCAAGAUGAACACAGUAGCGGCCGUGGAGCCACACUUGGUCACCGUCACACACAACGGGCCCAUUGUGCGUAGCACCAGCUCCUCUGAUGCAUUUGGGAACACAAACCCAGCUGGGCCACAGGGUGAAAGUGGGUCUGCUGUACUCCAGAGUCAGCUGAGUGGAGAAGACAGCCGUCUCAACAUCAACUCCAGCCCUGACGAACACGAGCCUCUGCUGAGGAGAGAGCAGCCGGCGGCACGAGAUCACUCCGGCCGCACCAACUCAAAUAACAACAACAGCAACAUCCACACAACUGCCUCUGCCACUGUGGGCUGUUUGUGUGCAUUAGCCCCUGCAGAAGGGCAGAUGGAGACAUUAAACUGCCCCCCAGGGGCACCAGACGGGAGGGAUUGUAUUCCAUCGAGACAGCCUAAACCCAGGAGACCUGAGCGGCCAAAUUCUCUGGAUCUGUCAGCAAGUUCCCAGGAUUCGUCUUUUUUGGAUGAGGCCAUGUCACAAGAGGGAAAAGCCGGAUCAGCAGAGAAGAUUAAGAAACGUGUGAAGACACCUUAUUCUUUGAAAAGGUGGCGUCCUUCCACAUGGGUCAUCUCCACUGAUACACUGGAUGGAGAGGCAAACAACAAUGGGCACAGCCAGCAAAUGGCAACAACAGUAGCUGGAGGAGGUCACACAAGUUCUGGCCAAUUAAAAUCCAGUAUUGCUGUGUUCCUGGUCAGUGGAGGAACUACAACUGCCACUCUAACAUCUGACCCACCAGAUAUGACCUGCCUGUGAACUCUCAUCUCCAAUUUUCCUCCUUUUGAUACCGGAGAGUUUGUCUAUGCUAUUGUGCUCCAAGAAAUGGUCCAGCUAAUGAUGGAAAAAAAACUGAAAAACGUAUUUGGAAAGCAGACUUUCGAAGGGACGUAAUUUGGCAAGCACUUAACAUUGUGAUAGUGUUGAACUUCAACUAGUUUUUGAAGAAAUCGCUUUAAACUAAACCCAGCUAUGCAGCAACGUUGGCAUAAAAUGCUUCCAUUGUUUUGGUUGUUCCUUUUUUAAAUCAAGUAUGAUUGUUUUUAUGGCUAUUUGAUCAUUUCUUUUAUUGCACUUUUUUGUAAGUAAUCUUAAUCACAGUUCCUCUGACCACGCUAAAGACUGGUCUGAAAACUCAAAAUGUGUUAGUUUUUAGUCUUAAUGAUAAUGUGUUGAUUUUACAAUCAUGAUAGAGUGGACAGAAUUGAAAUCAAGUCCAUUUGAAGAAAAAAAGAAAAAGGAAAAAAAGGCAGUGGUCUUUAAGACUGGGUUGACUGCAUCUCUAAUACUUUUUAACCCACAGUACAUUCAUAUGUUUUGUAUUUGUUGUAUAUAUCUGUGUACUCUGGUUUUAGUUUUAGUUUUUUCUCAUUUUAAAAUGUGCAAUAGACUUUAGCUUUGAGGUGCUCCAUAAGACAGUUUUAAUUUGCUAUGUAUUUUUGCUGCAUUUGUUUGUUUCUUUUCUUUAGUUUAAAAUUUCUGUGGCUGCACUUAGCGGUAGCAAUCCUGUGUACCGUCAGCUACCCAGACUGUGUUUUUGAAACACUGUACAGAUGGAAAUCCCAGACCUAUUCAACAAUCCCAUCAGUCUUGAAAAAGGUAGAUAAAUCUUGGGGUGUUCACUUCAUGUGCUGGAUGUUCGUAAUAUUGGACAACUUUUACAUAAGAACAGUAGGUGUUUACUGAAGUCAAGCAACAACCAGGACUGUUUGCUGGAAAUCAUGUUCUCUGAAGACACUAAAUAAUCAAGUCUCUGCAAAUGCUCAGUGCAGUUUUACCUCUGUGAGUUGUUAAGGAGAGAGUGUAUCUAAAUGUGUAUGUAUGGGUCAAUGUGUGUUUGCAUGAAGCUAGAUGUAUGAAGAGACUUCUCAAUGGAGCUUUUCAGAUCACAGCUGUGUGUGCAAAAGACAUCAGUCAAGUGAGACUUUCUACUCUGUUAGGACAGUGGACAAUGCUCUGUGUGCUUCAAACACCAUAUUCCUUGAGCAAACACAUACAUACAUCAUGAACAAAAUAUAUACAAUAUGUACAGACUAAAUUUCACUGAUAUUUUAAGUUUGGUAUUAGCCUCUAUUAAAGAUGAGCUCAAGUGACACAGUAGUGUACAAUAAGAAAUCAUGAGUCUAUAUCAAUUUUAGCUGUUUCUUUUGUUAAUUUUCUCUUUUUUCCCCCUAAGUCUUUAAUUUAUGUAGUGUCCAGGGCCAGUCUUCAAGCUGCUUAUUGGGUUUACUGUCAUGUAAUCAAAACUUAAAAAUGUUUAGAAUCACUUAAACCAUUUUUAGUGGCAGCUUAGAGCCUUUUCGGACAUGUGUCAAGUGGUUUUACCCUUUUCUACCAAAUCAUUAACAGUCUGGAAGGAAUUGACACAAAGGAUGCACUUCCAAAACCGUUCUUGUUUAUUUGUGCCACUUGAAAUAGUCAAUUUUGAGUGCUGCAUCUUUAUUUUUAAAUCUACACUGUAAAUGGAUUUGGCAGUCAGGUAGCGGUUGAUACAUGCACCAUGCAUGAGAUGGGCCUCAUAUUUUACCCCACAAUUGCUGCCUUUACGGCUGGUGUGCGUUCUGCAUUGCCAUGGAAAACGAUGGACACAAGCCAUUCAGAUAAUUACAUGAUGAGGAAAAUUCCCUCCUAUAGCAAUGCACUGUAUCCUGAGAAAAAACAUAAAAAACUGAGAUAGCAUGAGUGUAUAAUCAGAGAGUGCAUACCAUGCUUAUACUGUAUUGCAUUUCAGUGAUGUUGUCCAUAAUGAGUGUAGGGAUUAACCAUUUGGAUUUGGAACAAGCCAGCAUUAUCUUUGGACUUUGUACACUCCGGAAAGUGAACUUUCAAAAAACCAUCAGAUUUGUUUUCCCCUAUGCUGAAUUUUUUGUCAGCAUAUAAGGGUAUACAGUGUAGUUUUGGUCCUCACGGCCUCUCUCUAAACAAAUCAAUGCUUCAGUCUGACUUUUGUAUAUGAAUGUAAUAUAGGCUAACCUCUGUGGUGUAAAUAAACAGUAUCUGUCCAGUGCAUUUUCAUGCACGUAUACAGACUCAUCUGUCGCUUUGGGACCAAGAACAACGCUAAAUCACUGUGAUAUGUAUCUUCAGAUAAUCGCAGUAAUGCCAGACUGUUCUCAACUAUGUAUGUCAAAAGUACAUGCUGUUCACCUCGAGUCGAAGAGAAGAUAAUGAGCUGAAAUGAGAAAUAAUAACCCAGUGGAUGACAUAGUAAACCUCCAAUGCUAAUUUGAACGAAAUGAACAAACAUCGGUGAAUUGAAAUGGAAAGAUUUAUGACUAAAAUAGAUGAUUUAGACCAGAGUGUUGAGGCUAGAUGCUGUCUACGUGGAGGAUAAGGCUGAGUCACUGGAAGUGUUGUUUGCUCUGGGGAACCCUCCAAGAACUAAUACAAGCUGUUUACACCAGUCAUUGUCCAAUUUACAGCACACCGUUGAAUACUGAACCAUUUACAGAUACUGCUCUACAAAAAUGUGUAGAUAUAAACCCUACAUGCCUUGUUUAAUGUUUUUUCUGGAAGCAGGCCUUGAUAAUUUGGACUUUUUUUUUAUUUAGUUAGGUUGCAGAAGUGUUUCAAGUAAACCAAGAUGUAACUGUAAUACACAUACAAACUCUGAAUUCUACAUCAGAGUUUUAAAAAAAAUGAAAAAGUUACUGAAUUCUACAUCUAUAAGAACUCAUUACACUCACAAAAUGACAAAGUCUAGGCAAAGUAUACACGGUUAACAGCAUGCCCCCUGAAAACAAACUUACAAGUGUAUUUUUGGGUAUGAGUGAAUGAAUGAAGGGUAUGUGUUGACAAGCUGCUGUUUUGCUUCUGUUUUAUAUCCAUCAAAUUAAUAUUGAAGCUUAAGCCACCGUUCAGUCUCUGCAUAGAUGGUUAUUUAAAAAAAAAAAAAAAGCCACUGACAUGUUUUCUAUUACAGCUUGGAAAUUAAGCACUUUGAGGAAAAAGAACAAAUGAUAACUCGUGCUUUUAGUCUAUUCAGAAUGUUUUUAAAAAAAUAUAAUUUAGAAAAUAAAGCUUGCCGUACACCCCUGCUUUACUCAGUCGAUGAAAGAUUAUAUUAAUGAAAACCUGUAUAUGAGGUUUGCUGUUAUUUCCACAUGUCUGAAAUAAAACGUACAAUUUCUA